CAAACUUUCUGGAGCUGUAGGAAAUUGAUUGCAAUCGCAUUCUCGUAUUAUGUUCGCCAUGGAUGUUGACAGGCGGAAAGCCACAUUGUUUGGCGCCGCCGUCGUAAUUCGUUUGCUCCUCUUCACUGGCUUCCCAGGUCUACCAGAUCUCCUUACAGCUCGAGUCGAAAUAUCAACACCUGUGACCAGCUUUAAGAGAUUACAAGAAGGCUUGUACCUAUACAAUCAUAACGUUUCCCCAUACGAUGGUGGUGUAUAUCACCAAGCUCCUCUUCUCCUUCCCUUGUUCGCCUUGCUACCAAGCUCUUCGACAUACCCCGCCUUCACUUAUCUCCUCUACAUUCUCGUGGACCUUUUGAGUGCCAAUGCUCUCAUGCAGAUAGCAGACUCUGGUGAAGCAGGAUCUUCUAAGCUGUAUACAUCACCACGGAAGGAGAAAAGAUGGAGUAACUUUGCUAUUGCCGCAGCAUUCCUCUUCAAUCCCUUCACUAUUGCAACUUGCAUAGGCCGGCCUACUAGUGUCUUUACGACUUGCGCAAUACUACACGCAAUCUCGAAAGCGGUUGCCGGCAAUUCUUUCACCUCGAUGUUCGCGUUAUCCUUCGCUUCUUACCUUUCCAUGUACCCGAUUCUCCUUUUCCCACCAUUGGCACUGCUAUGCUACGAUCGAAAGAAGCCUAUGAAGGGCCACGAAUCAGUCUACAACUUCGUCUUUGGGAAUGCAAUGGCCGUUGCUGGUUCCCUGUACUCGCUGCUACAUAUGUCUUUCUUGAUCACAGGCUCAUGGGAGUUCCUGUUUUCUACUUACGGCGUACAACUCUUGCUUCCAGAUCUUACCCCCAACGUUGGUCUUUGGUGGUAUUUCUUUAUCGAAAUGUUCGACUCAUUCCGGAACUUCUUCCUAGGCGUCUUCUGGAUCCAUCUCUCAUCUUACGUAGCGGGAUUGACCAUUCGCCUCCGACGUCAGCCACUGUUUGUCAUUACCAUCCUUUUAGGGAUAUUUGCAAUCUUCAAGCCCUACCCAUCGAUCUCCGACACCUCACUCUUCCUCGCCGUCUUACCCCUUUAUAGGCACGUAUUUCCACUCAUGAGAUACACCUUCUUGGCAUCCUCCACCAUCCUAUAUGCAACGCUCUUAGGUCCUGCAUUCUAUUAUCUGUGGAUCUAUGCAGGCAGUGGAAAUGCAAAUUUCUUUUAUGCUAUAACCCUGGUGUGGAGUCUCGGCUUGAGUGUCCUAGUCGCGGACGCAUUAUUCGCCGUCCUGAGGGACGAGUGGGAAGUGGAAAGACCGGAAAUGAAGGGCAAGGAAAUACGGCAAAUAUGAUGAUGAUAAAAAAUGCAACUUUGAUAUAUUGACUAUGAC